CACAAGAGCAGUUCAAGUGAGACUCAUUGGGUUUCAAUUAACAAUAUCAAAAGCAUGUCUGCGUUGAGGGAUCUCGUAGGAAGCGGUGCAGAAUGCUCGGGAGGAAAUUCCUUGAGUCAGUUCACCAAGCAGCUGCAGCAGGAUAGGUCGCUUCAACAGGAACGAUUUGGAUUUCCAGAUGAAGGAGGGAGUAGCUCGAGCUUUGGUCUCCGAGAGCGGCCUGGGAUGGAAAGGGGGAUGGAUAUGGAUAACAUGCUUGGGGAGUUUUUCGAAGGCGCCCCGCCCGACGCUCAAAGAUUUCACCAGCCGGACGUCUUCAGUAUGAAUUCACUUGGUAAAGAAUUGGAACGAAUAGGUCCACAAGCGACAAUGCCGGUCAAGAGUGAUUGGGCUGUUGAUUUUGCUCGACAGAGCGAGGGGCGACCGAUGGAUGGAAUGAAUGCGAUGCAGUUUUCUGAAUUUGAGGAUAUUUACCAGAGAGAGGAACAAGUGGGACCCGUAGGUGCACCGGAAGCGUGGGCAGUAGAGUUUCAUUCACGACAUCAUGAGAUGCAAGGCCCGCAUGUACAUCAUGAAAUCGCAGAGUUUGAGCGGGCAUUUGAGGAGGCAAAACACCAGGUCAGCUGGGAAGCGGAAUUCGCAAAAUCCGAAGAUCCGGCCAAUUGGGCGUCCGAGUUCGAAUCUUCUCAAGCACAAUCGUGGAUUAAUGAAUUCACUGAGCAGGAAGGACUCACUGUGGAUGGUGCUACUUCAAAGGAAGCAUUGGCGCAGACGGCAGGAAUGCUUCUUGACGCCGUGGAAAACUCUGCAAAUCCCAAAUUCCGCGAAUCAAAAUUCCUCGAUUUUAUGAAGAAACUUCGUGAUCAGGAAGUGUCUAUCGAAGGAAAUAAAGUUGUCGAACAAACUACCCCGUUCAAUGCUGCAGACUCAUGGGCCCAAGAGUUUGGUGCAUCGAUCAAGUCUCAAAACUGGGAAGAGGAGUUUUCAAGCCAAAUGGGACAAGCAGGACCAGCACAGGUUUCUGGACAAGUUAAUGGAAAUCCAGCCAUGUGGGCAGAGGAAUUUUCCGGAAAACGAGAGUCGGAUUGGGCGACGGAGUUUGGUGGAUAUGGACCAAAGCUUGAGGAUAAGAACUGGACAACAGAGUUUGAACGGCAACAGAUGGAGCGAAAUUGGGCGGAAGAAUUCAACAAGAAUAUGCCUGCAGAUCUGGAUGCGGAGGUGUUUGAGGACGGCUACUGGAAUGCGUGGGAUAAUAAUGAGGCAAUAGAUCAACACCAAGGGCGGGCUCUCGGUGGUCGAUAUGAGGAGUACGAGUUCACUGCAAACAAUCCUUAUCUAGACAGAGAGACACCCGUGAACUACCGCAAUUUGACGGAAGCAAUAUUGGUCCUAGAAGCUGCAGUUCAGAAAGAUUCUACCAAUGCAAAUGCAUGGUACGAGCUCGGGAUCCGACAACAAGAGAAUGAAAAUGACGUUGCUGCCAUCGCGGCGCUGAGAGCGGCGGUCCGUCAGCAACCGAGCUUAACAGACGCGUGGAUAGGUCUAUCUGUAUCAUACACUAACGAAAGUUUUCGUGAAGACGCCUAUGACGCCCUCGAAUCGUGGCUGAUGAACAGCGAUAAAUACCAGCACAUAUUGGAAGGCUCAUCGUCGUCAACCAGCCGACAUGAAAAGCUUACCAACAACUUUCUGGAGGCAGCAAGACAGAGCGCGGGAUCGGAUCUGGAUGCGGAUGUUCAGGUUGGGUUGGGUGUAUUGUUUCAUAUCUCGGAAGAAUAUCAUAAAGCAGUGGAUUGUUUCGAGGCGGCAUUAUCAAAGCGGCCAGAGGACUACCUUCUUUGGAAUAAGUUGGGUGCAACCCUAGCGAACUCUAGCACAUCCGACCGAGCCAUCGAUGCCUAUUUCCACGCCCUUGAAAUUAAUCCCUCAUACAUCCGCGCACGUUACAACCUAGCCAUCUGCUGUAUGCAAAUGGGUCAAUAUCGCGAAGCCGCCGAACACCUUCUCGGAGCUCUCUCAGUGCAAACUAACAAUAUCUCAUCCGUGCUCGCUGAAACAAAAGGAGGAGCGGAGGAAGAAGACUUUGCCGCCAUGCAUAAUGUGCAAAGUAGUACGGUGUGGUCAACGCUGAAGAUGCUUGCGGAUGGGCAUUUGAAACGACAUGAUUUGGCGCAGGCUUGUGAAAGACGGGAUUUGCACGCAUUUCGGGCGGAUUUUGAUUUUUAAAAAGAUUAGAACAUAUUAGCUUUUAAAUAGCAUUCACAAACAGUCAUCCAUAGGUUGGGGUGGACGCAAAUAACAAGAGUAGAACCUAGUUCAACUCUCUCAUAGAAUUUCUGCCAAAUCAUGACGUUAUUACAUUUAUACAAAUGUUGUUAAGGUA